GCUGGCCCCGGAACUGCGGACUACAGCUCCCAGGCCUUCUCUACACAAGCCCCUACCACAUAGGCUCAAAGCCACAAACCAGUAGGAGGUGGCUGUAUUGUAUCUAUUGUAUCCCUUGGCUGGUGCAUUUUCACAAUUCUCUGGACGUGAAAUUGAGAGUGAAAGUCAUGGCAGAUGAACAAGAAAUCAUGUGCAAAUUGGAAAGCAUUAAAGAGAUCAGGAACAAGACUCUGCAGAUGGAAAAGAUCAAGGCUCGCUUGAAGGCUGAGUUCGAAGCUCUGGAGUCAGAAGAGAGGCAUCUGAAAGAAUACAAACAGGAGAUGGAUCUCCUGCUGCAGGAGAAGAUGGCCCAUGUGGAGGAGCUCCGACUGAUCCAUGCUGAUAUCAAUGUGAUGGAGAACACCAUUAAACAGUCUGAAAAUGACUUAAACAAGCUGUUAGAAUCAACCCGGAGGCUUCAUGAUGAGUAUAAGCCACUGAAAGAACAUGUGGAUGCCCUGCGCAUGACCUUGGGCCUGCAGAGGCUUCCUGACUUAUGUGAAGAGGAAGAGAAACUCUCCUUGGAUUACUUUGAGAAGCAGAAAGCAGAAUGGCAGACAGAACCUCAAGAACCCCCUAUUCCCGAAUCCCUUGCUGCUGCAGCUGCUGCUGCCCAACAACUCCAAGUGGCCAGGAAGCAGGACACACGGCAGACAGCCACCUUCAGACAGCAGCCCCCACCUAUGAAGGCCUGUUUGUCAUGUCACCAACAGAUUCAUCGAAAUGCACCUAUAUGCCCUCUGUGCAAAGCUAAGAGUCGGUCACGGAACCCCAAAAAGCCAAAACGGAAGCAAGAUGAAUGAAGAGAAGGUGAAGGGGACCUUCUGUUGAUCAUAAACCCUCCCCUUGGCCAGAGUGAUAGAUGUCAUGAUUUUUUAAAAUAUCCCGCCCUUACCCCUACUGAGUCUUCUAUUUAAGUCUUCUAUUCGCUGGAAGAAUAACUCCUCUCUCUUUGCUCUUAGUUCUUUCUGCUCUUGGAAGUUCUGGUUUAAGAGCUGUGGUUUGGGUGUUACUGACUGAGUCUCAUAAACCCUCUUUCCUCUCCCACUCACAUUUCAAAUACUGCCCUAGGUAGGAACUGAGUAAGGGA